CCGGUAUCGAGCAUAAGGAAAUGUUGUGUGUGGAGAAGAUUCCAGACGUUUGUGUGUGAGUUAAACAGAAGGACGUUGUUUGGAUGAGAAAUUAAUUUUGUCUGCGGUCAUCAUGGUGAAGGAAACGGCUUUUUAUGACGUCCUGGGAGUGAAGCCCAGUGCCAGUCCUGAUGAGCUGAAGAAAGCGUAUCACAAACUGGCCCUGAAAUACCAUCCAGACAAAAACCCAGCCAAGGGGGAGAAGUUUAAACAGAUCUCUCAGGCGUACGAGGUUCUGUCUGACGCACAGAAGAGAGAAGUGUACGAUAGAGGAGGAGAGGCGGCCAUUAAGGAGGGAGGGAAUGGAGGUGGAGGAGGAGGCUUCAGCACCCCUAUGGACAUUUUCGACAUGUUCUUUGGUGGAGGAGGACGUAUGCGCCGAGAGAGGAGAGGGAAGAAUAUUGUGCAUCGGCUGACUGUGUCUUUGGAAGAUCUGUACAACGGAGCCACCAAGAAAUUGUCUAUACAGAAAAAUGUCAUCUGUGAGAGAUGUGAAGGCAAUGGGGGACAUAAAGGUGUGGUGGAGGUGUGUCCGACCUGCAGGGGGUCAGGAGUUCAGGUGAGGCUGCAUCAGUUACUCCCUGGCAUGGUGCAGCAGAUCUCCACCAUCUGUGGCAGCUGCAGAGGUCAGGGCCAACGCUUGAGCCACCGCAACCGCUGCAAAACCUGCACUGGCCGCAAAGUCCUGCGCCAGAAGAAGGUCCUGGAGGUGCACAUCGAUAAAGGUAUGAGAGAUGGACAGAAGAUUGUUUUCCAUGGGGAAGGAGACCAGGAACCAGGACUAGAGCAUGGUGACAUCAUCAUCAUCUUCGAGCAGAAGGCACAUCCCGUCUUCACAAGACAGGACAUGGAUCUUACCAUGACCAUGGAACUUCAGCUCGUAGAGUCAUUGUGUGGUUUCCAGAAACCGGUCCAAAUGUUGGACAACAGAACGCUGCUCAUCACCUCACACCCAGGUGAGUUGAUCAGACCAGGUGAUAAGAAGUGUGUGCUGAACGAAGGGAUGCCGAUGCACCGCCGUCCCUUUGAGAAAGGCAGACUUGUCAUCCUUUUUAACGUCGUCUUCCCCGUGGCGAACUUCCUCCCUGUGAACAAGCUGAAGCAGCUGGAGCAGUAUUUUCCUUCCACACAAGAGAAGAACGAUCCUGACAGCAUGGACGAUGACCUCUAUAUCUACGCUGACCUCGAGGACUGUGAUCUGACCCGGGACAGACACCGUAACCACUACAUAGAGGAGGACCAGGAGGACUUUCAUCCAGGAGGAGUACAGUGCCAAACCUCAUAGAGCUUCCUUCCACUGCUCGUACCUUCUCCUACCAUCGUCCGCACUCUUUAGAUAAAGCUCCACGAUCACGAUGGUGACAAAGUGGAACAUCAUGUCCAUCACUUAGAUCCAACUUUUAUUUCCUUUUAAUCAAUGGGAGAAUCUGAUUUAUUGGGAUAACAAGCAGGUUUCUGAGUUGUAGUGAGGUUCAUGUGACCGUGAGGAACAGAUUUCUUUUAUGCUUUCACUAGAUUCCUUCACACUUACAGCUGAGCUCAGAGAAAGCAGAUCUUUCAUUUAAAGCUGCUAUUUAUUACAGAACCUGCAAAAAAGAAAAAAAAGCAAACAAAGCCACAAUUGUUUGUUUUUGUGCCAUUUUAAGGAUACUGUGAUUUAACAAGCCAAAUUCUUUUUAAUUCUUCAAUUGUAAAAGCAGUGUUACUUUAACAAGCGUGUAAAGAAAAGUCAACUAGAGUUUGUCUAAUGAUCUCGUGACCUGAACACAAAACGAUCCUGACUCAGUAACUAGCUUUUUUGUGUGUGUAGCAGAAUUUGCACUAUAAAUUGACUGACAUCUGAUUUUUAUUUUAUUUUAUUUAUUUACAGCCUUAUAUGCGAAUUAACUUGCCGAUGAGUUAAACUGUUUUUCUGUCUUAUACUAAUCUGUUAAUUCAUUAUGCAGAGCAGUAAAAAUUUAUGCAGUCAAAUAGUUUUAAAGAAUUAAUGCAGAUUCUACAAACAGACCCUUAUUUUCAUUUUUGUCUGUUGUUCCAUCAUUUUACCUGUAACCUGUGAGGCCUUAAACAGGGCACGAGGCGCUGCGUCCCGUCCUGCAACAAGAGUUUCACAGCAAAGACAAACAUUUACAAUGGAAUUAUAACUUUUUAAAAAUAUAAUCUUUGUCUGUCAGAAAAGAA